AUGGCGCUCCUACUCCCCGCCAUCAUCUCAAGCAGCUCCAGAACCCAACAAUCACUACUCAUCCUCCAGUCAUCUCUCGUUCAGUCUUCGCUGCCUAUUCUCCGCUAUAUUCUUUCGUCUGCUUCACAUCCGUCUACUCGAAAGAAUAAACCUCGAACUCUUCUGUUCUGUUUUCUCUACCCGCCUAAUUCCCUCCUCCCACCUGCAACUGGAGAGUUCUCAUCUGAGUCUGAGUCGAUUCAGGUCUUUGAUAGGACAGUAUGUGUACCUGGGUACGAUGAUGAGUAUACGGAUCCGGGAGAGUUUAUUCUCAAUACUUUGAAAGCUGCACCGCCAGGGCCAUUGAAUGUAGUCAUAGAUUCAAUCGACACUAUUUCUGCAGACAUCGGCUCACCAUCGAAAACAUAUACUAUCGUAGCCUCCAUAUUGACCAUCUUGCGUUCCCGCCCCUCCUCCUCUUUUAUUAUCCACAUUGUCGCCUCAAACAACACCUCCUCCUCCUCCUCCACCACCACCACACCAACGAACCUCCUCUCCCUACUCCUCUCCCCCCGUCUAUCCUCCUCCCUCACCCACUUGACCGCCCAUCCACCCAGUCUCAUAACCCACAUCGCCUCCACCCACCUCACCGUCCUCCCACCCGCCGCCUCCAAAGACGCAGAUAAAGAGGGUGGCGCGGUCAACGUGGCGAGAUGGUGGCAGGUUUUUGGGCCCAUGACGGAGGUGGGGAGAGGUUGGGAAGUCGAGAGGGUAGUUUUGGGAGCAGAUGGGGUUGGUCUGGGAGGGAGCGUUUCUGAGGUCUCAGGGCCAGCGAAAAGCAACAGUACGAGAAAUGUGAAAGAGGAUGGUGAGGCGCGCGCGCAGGAGAUUGUGGUGGAGGUUUUGGUGAGGGGAAGUGCGGCCAGCGCACAUGGGACGAGGAGGAGCGUCGAGAGGGUGUUGGAGGGUUGGAGCUCGAAGCUUGGGGCUUGUGAAUUGAAUGAGUUGGGGAGUUUGAAGGGUAUUUGGACGAGGAGAGGUGUGGCGUCUGGCGGAGAUGCUCAGACUUCGUCCAACGAUCCAACCCAUGCGUUGUCGUUCAACCUUUCUCUGACUGCAGAACAGCAACAAGCCCGUGCGGGUGUGCCACUGCCUUACAUGCAUGAGGGUCAACAACUGCAUGCACAGACAAAUGCUUCAUCAAGUGCAGGAGCUAUCUUUUACGACCCAGAUUCUGCGGACGAUAUAGACGACGAUGACCCGGAUGAAGAUCUAGACAUCUGAGGACCCUGAAAUCAGUGAAAAAUGGUUUGAUUGUAGAAAAUAGCUGGAAGGAAGAGAUUGUUGUUGUACAGUAAUUGCAGUGCAGAUAUGAUGUGCGUGUGGCCACGAC